UCUUUAAUUACAUAAGUUAAUCACACUAGUCCCGGAUAAGAACAUUCGAACAAAACACCAACACAAAAAGAAGAAGAAGAAUGUUGUCGAGGUUGUUCAAGGCUGGUGAGAAGGUUCUGUCCAAUCUUGUUAACAAGAAAGACUUUCACAUGGCGUCGAGCAAUACAGAGAAUCCUCCCAAAGUGCAAGAGCUUUACGAGCUCUGCAAAUCCACUUUCACUGGGAAAGCUCCUUCUCCUGCUUCCACCCCCGUCCAAAAACUUUGCUCUCUCUUGGAUUCAGUGAGUCCUGGAGAUGUUGGGCUUGAAGAGGAAGCUCAAGAUGAUGAUAGAGGCUAUGGUGUUUCUGGGGUUAGCCGUGUCAACAGAGUAGGAAGAUGGGCUCAGCCGAUUACAUUUUUAGACAUUCAUGAAUGUGAUACCUUUACAAUGUGUGUUUUCUGCUUCCCAACUUCCUCAGUGAUUCCAUUGCAUGACCAUCCAGAGAUGACUGUGCUUAGCAAAAUCCUCUAUGGAUCACUUCAUGUUAAAGCUUACGAUUGGGUCGAACCUCCAUGUAUUGUCACACAAGACAAAUCUCAAGCACGGUUGGCGAAAUUGGUUACCGACAAAGUGAUAACGCCACAGUCUGAACUGCCAGUGUUGUACCCAAAGACCGGAGGCAAUCUCCAUUGUUUCACUGCGCUGACUCCAUGUGCGGUGCUGGACAUUCUCACACCUCCUUACAACGAAAGCGCUGGCAGGUCUUGCAGUUACUACAUGGACUAUCCUUUCUCCACUUUCGCACUGGAGGAAGGAGUGAAGAGCGUGGAAGGAAAGGAAGACGAGUACGCUUGGCUUGUGCAGAUCGACACACCCGAUGAGCUUCACAUGCGUCCCGGAUCGUAUACGGGUCCAAAUAUUCAAGUUUAGAUUGUUGCAAGUUGGUUUUGUAGCGAAGUAGAGAGUACUCUUGUAUCAUUGUUCCUGGAGAAGAUGUCAAAUACAGUUUCGGGUUAAAGAUACUCCUUCAUCA